GUGGUAACACUGCUCACCUGCCACGGAAGAGGUUAUUGUAAAGUUCAAAGUAAAUUCUUUUAUCCUUAUUUAUGUGAAUUAACGACACUCUUACGGGGUAAUUUCCCUUCCCUUCGUCAAAAUCGAGCCACAUCAUCACUCCGGAUACGAGAAAGACGGUCUAAGCUGUCGAAUCGCAUAGCUGCCAUCAUGAACCUCGGAGCAUCCGUGCGCAUCAACAAGCUCGGUGUCAGCAUCAUAGGUGGGGUUCUCCUCAUGGUUGUGCUUGUCUACCGAAAUAGCGGCAGUUCGGAGGGAGCAGAGAUGUCCCUUGAGAUGGCCCAGACAGGUGCUAGGGUCAGUCUGAAAAAGCUCCUAGCGGCUGCGAUUGAUGCUGCCGAUAGGGGAGGAAAGAUUGUGUACCAGAUCCGUGAGGAGGCGACCUUACACGAGCAGAGUAAGGGCAAGACGAAGGAGGGUGCCAACGACCCGGUGACUGAUGGUGAUAUCAAAUCACACAUGGCCAUGUUCAACUCCAUCAAGAAUGCAUUUCCAGGGGUGGAGGUCAUAUCAGAAGAGCACGUCAAUAGCGAUGUCAACCAGCAGGCAGUAGCACCGGCUGCAACAUCGAACGAAGAAGUAAACAGCGUUAUCACAGACGAUCUUACAGUCCCCAUUGAGGACGUGCGUGUUUGGAUUGAUCCCCUUGAUGCCACACAGGAAUACACAGAAAACCUGCGUCAGUAUGUGACGACCAUGGUGUGUGUCGCAGUCAAGGGCCUAGCGACCAUUGGUGUUAUCAACAAGCCUUUCAGCAAUUUCAUUGCAUGGGGCUGGACAGGCCAUGGUGUGUCACCCAAGUUGCACAUCUCUAAGGAUCAGACUGGUCCCAAAGAUGACAUUGCCCACAUCAUUGUCUCUCGCUCACACACCGGAGACGUGGAAGUGGUGGCUAAGUCAGCAUUUGGGGAUAAGACAAAUAUUACCCAGGCUGGUGGGGCAGGCUUCAAGACCCUGGCUGUGAUCCAGGGAGAUGCUGAUGCUUAUGUCCACUCAACGGCAAUCAAGAAAUGGGACCUGUGUGCAGGCAAUGCCAUUCUCAAUGCACUUCAGGGAAAAAUGACAACAUUAGAUGGCGCCUCCAUAGACUACAGCAGCCGCGAGAUGUACAAGAAUGAAGGGGGUCUCCUCGCAACACUUUACAAUCACGACAUGUACUUGGAGAAACUGAAAGUCCUUAAGUCCACCAAAAGUCACUAGGAGGAAGAUGGCAGUAGCAGCAACAGCUCAAUAGAUUAUUUUCUAUUGUUUUUUUUUUAUACAAGAUUUUUUUCUUUCUUUCUUUUUUUUGUAUGCACAUAGGAAAUGCUUAUGAGGUGUAUUUUUUAAAAAGAAUAUUUUAAGGGUUGGAUUUAGAUCACCCUUGUGUUCAUAUGGUGCAUUCUCAUUGUUGUUUCGAAAAUCUAGGUUUUCUUUUUUCUUUUAUUCUUUCUAUUAUUCUUUUUCAGAAAGCAGAUUGGGAAGUUGUCCCUGUUAGGAGCAUAUCAGGGUGUCAUCAGUCUUUUGUUAAUGUUUUCUGUUACAAGAGCAAUAGUUAUGCACAAUGUUAUUUAUAGCAACUCAAAGUGAAAUUAUAGAUUGGGUGGAGUUUGCAGUUUUUCAUUUAAUUUUUUCUUUUUCCUUUUCUCACUUUAUGCUCCUCAUAUUUUAUAAACGGAGAACUGCAUUCUUAUAAAACCACGUGCAAUUUUUGCCAGGCAUAAUGUCAAACAAUGGAGGCUGGUAGGCAUUAGCGAAAUACCUCGUGAUUUGUUGUAGAAUUUUAAGUCUUGGUGUUUGUUGACAUUUUAUUGUGAUUUUGCAGAAAUUGUUCUGUGUUAUCUGUUUGGUUGAUUGAAGAAAGUUAAGACUAGUUUGCUUUUGUUAGUUUUAUUCUAUGUAGUAAAUUAACAGUAUUAUUUUUUAAUUCAUAUAGUGAAAAUUAAGAUACUGAAUUGGAUUUUUGUCCAGGAGUGUAGAUUACUGGCAUUUGUAAAAGUGAAUUCUCCCGAUGAAUUAUUUUAGAAAUUUAUGUUACAAUUAUAUCAGUCUUACUAAUAUUUAACAAAAAAAAUAGUUUUCAUCAUUAAUGAAGAUAGCGAUAAUUGAUGAUCAUCAACUUUAUUGUUAUGUACUUAUUUAUUUAUUUAUUUUCUUAGCAAUGUAUUUGUAUGCAAUAGAGUGAUAUUAAUUCUUGCAUCUUUCUUACAAUGACUUGUUAAGCAUUAGACAUAGCUUUUGUCACAUAAUAGCAGCUUUGUAAAUCCUCUUACCUUUGGCAGUUUUAACCCUUUUUGAGAUAUCCUCAUUGUUUAUCUUCUAUUCUGUGAUAAUUGUUAAUACCCAUGGUGGAGAGCAUAUUCAAACGUGCAUUGCCGCAAUGUUGGUCAUGAUAGAAGUUAGUUUACAAUUACCCUGGUUAAGUUUCAGCUCAAGGUUGCCGACAACUUAUGUUCAUACUUUAGAUGCAUUCAUCAUAACACAAUAAGCUUUUCUGUACUUGCUUUGAAGCAGCCUUGUUACCAGUGACCUGCCAUCCAAGUGUGAACUGCCCCUUAUGCUGCAUUGUGAAUUUUUCCCAUCCCUUUUUGGCCUUUUUAUUCAAAGGCAGUCGCCAGUCCGUGAGAUUAUUAAUACGAUCUUCCACCCAUCCCCGUCCUCCCCUCCCAUCUCCCGUCUCCCUCUGUGGAUCAUGGAACCAGUUUGAAAUGUCAUCACAUCCUCAUGUCCCCUGUCUACCACAUUCCAAGCAUGUUCCGCUAGCCAUCAUCUUACUAGCUAAGCGAAACCCUAAGCUCAUCUAAUCAUUUGAAUUUAUGGAAGGCUUGAUAGAGAAGCACACAAAGUUGUCGCUGCUCACUGAGAUCCUCUUAGGAGAAGUGCAAGAUGUCAUUGUUUCUUUAAUGUCAUAAAUUUCUGUUCGUGGUAUACAGCAGAUGGGGGAUUUUUUCUUCCCCUUCCAUAUAAUAAAAAAAUAUAUAUAUAUUAAGGAGAAAAAUCAUUGGAAUAUCAGUCAGUAUUUCUUCUCUAUUUUAAAGUUUAGAUUAUUAUUAAUAAAAAAAGUAUAUUUUUAUCGCUUAUUUAUUAUUAAUCAUUCCAUAUGCUGUAUGAUUAUAUGGAACAUGUUUAUACUGUGUCAUUCUGUCUAUGUAUAUUGAGUGAAACUUCAUGGAAAUAUAUUUUGUAAUCUCGUU